AUGGACCCUUCAGUCCCCCUCGUCGUGGACAAUGGUACUGGUUUCGUAAAAUGUGGUUAUGCAGGAUCCAACUUUCCAGAAUUUGUGUUCCCCUCAGUCGUCGGUCGACCCAUCCUUCGAGCGGAAGAACGACUCGGCACAUCUCAAAUCAAAGAUAUAAUGGUUGGUGAUGAAGCGUCCGAAUUUAGAAGUUUCUUGCAAGUCAGUCAACCGAUGGAACAUGGUAUAGUGAAGAACUGGGAGGAUAUGGGUCAUUUAUGGGAUUACACUUUCCAAGAGAAGCUUCAGAUCGAUCCUAGAGGUAGGAAGGUACUGUUGACUGAACCUCCAAUGAACCCUAAAGUGAAUAGACAUAAGAUGGCAGAGGUGAUGUUUGAACAGUAUGGAUUUGGAGGGAUUUACGUGGCUAUUCAGGCGGUAUUGACGUUGUAUGCUCAGGGUCUCCAAACAGGAGUAGUCGUCGAUUCAGGAGACGGUGUCACCCACAUCGUACCAGUAUACGAUGGAUUCGCCCUUCCCCACUUGACCAGAAGACUAGACGUGGCAGGAAGAGAUGUUACCAGGUACUUGAUCAAAUUAUUGUUGAUGAGAGGAUACGCAUUUGAGAGAACAGCGGAUUUCGAAACUGUUAGAGGAAUCAAGGAGGCUUUGUGCUUUACGAGUUACGAUUUGGAGAGUGAUAAGAAAUUGGGGGAGGAGACGACAGUCUUGGUGGAGAAUUAUACGCUCCCAGACGGUCGAGUCAUCAAAGUCGGUUCGGAAAGAUACGAAGCUCCCGAAUGCAUGUUCCAACCUCAUCUGGUCGAUGUCGAACAACCUGGUGUAGCAGAACUCCUUUUCCAGACUAUCCAGCAAGCUGCGGUGGAUACUCGAUCAGAAUUGUAUAAGCACAUCGUACUUUCUGGUGGAUCUUCGAUGUACCCCGGUUUCCCAUCAAGAUUGGAGAAAGAGAUGAAACAAUUGUACCUUACCAGGGUGUUGGGUGGUGAUGCUUCUAGAUUAUCUAACUUCAAGAUCCGAAUCGAAGACCCCCCAAGAAGAAAACACAUGGUGUUCUUAGGUGGAGCCGUGUUGGCUGAUAUCAUGAAAGACAAAGAGGCGUUCUGGGUGACGAAAGAGGAAUGGGAUGAGCAAGGUGUCAGAGCUUUGGAUAAGUUAGGAAGAGGUGAUUAA